AUGUCUGGAGAACUAGUGACCAAUGAUGCGUUGGAAAAUUCUAACAGUUUCCGUCAGCUUCUUAACCAAGAAGCUCUUAUUCGAGUGGCUCUGGUACAAAACGUUUAUUCCUUAAUGAAAGAUAUUAUGACAUUAAAGAAUUUAAUGCUCAUGUUAGAAACAAAUUUGGAAAAAUUUAAACUUGUGACUGAAAAGACAAUUUUCCAUUUAGAAGCAGAAAUAGAAAAACUUAAAACGGAAAAUCAGCGUUUAAAGAACGAUAAUGUAGAUAAACAUAGAAAAUUAAUUCCCUGUGAUAAUGAAACAUUUCAAACAGUUAAAGACUCAAUUUCACAAAUGCAAAAAAGUUUUGAUACAAGGUUACAGAUGAUUGAAGAAAGGAAAGCGAAUGUAUCAUCUACUGCAGCUUUGGAGACGUCUUUGACAAAAGUUUCAACUGAAAUUGAAAGUAAGUAA